AUGCAGAGGACCAGGAGGCGGUCCAGCGUCUCUGCGCCUGCAAUGGCAGCCGCACUUGGGCCUGGGCCCUCCGCCGCCGCAAACGUCCCGCCAACUCCCACCGGCUUCGACUUCUCCUUCUUCACCACUCCCAACGCCAACACCACCGCCGCCACCACCACCCCCGCCAAUCCCAACAAUCUCACCUCCUACUCCCGGACGAGGCCAGGCACAAGUUCCGGCGGCGCCCCUCCGAUCUCAGCCGGCAUAGGCGGGCUAGCCAACGGCACCUCCAACGGCGACCCGUUCCCAGCCCAGCCCGCUCUCGCACCGCCCGGCCCCAACCUCUUGCGCAAGAACUCGCUCCGCGGCAAGCAGUCCUUCGACAACCUUGUCUCGCACUCGUCGCAGCAGCAGUCGCAGUCCAUCUUCAGGGGCCUGCGCCGUCGCGCCAACUCCAUCUCCUCGCUGCGGGACAGGGAUGGCGCCGGCGCCGCGCUCGCCGUAGGAUCAUCCAGUCAGAAGCCUGUCGUGACCAGCAGGGGGAACCCGCCUGCCCUGCCCGACUUUGCCCUCUCGGCUGCUGCGAGACCGAGCCGCGAUACCGACGCCUUUGCCUCCCCCAGCUCUGCUGCAAAGCCCUCCAUGGAUAUCUCGGGCGGUUAUAUCCAGACAUCCAACUCCAGGAUGCUGAGCCGCUCCGGCACCACCCCCGUCAAUGGCUUCCCUUCCGGAGGGGCCAUGAUGCCCCCGCCCUCGGCAGGAGGCAUGCAGAACGAGUCCAGCAUGGUGCAUCAGCACAUUCACGAGAUGGCCAACAAAAGGAUAUCCACCCUGGAGUAUUUACGAAAGGCCCAUGAAGGCCGUGUCUACUGGUUCAACACCCUCCUCUUCGAUAAACCCGAUCUCGCGCGCAUGCCCUACUUUGACGCGAGGCGCCUCGCCCGGCGCGCCACGAAUUACCUCCUCCUGGGCCUCUCGCUCCCCACCGUUAUCGACCUCAACUCAAACACCCCCAUGGAGUUCCUCCGCGCCUUCAACGUCCUGCUCACAGAAUUCGACUCCUUCCAACAACUACACUCCGACACAGGCUCAACCCCCUCCUCUCUCUCCCGCGCGAGAAUACCGCAGAUGUUCAGGCGCGCCACACCCUCGUCAAAAGUAAGGCGGAGCAGUAGCGCAAAUAAUGAGAUAUUAUACGAGGCCGGCGACGGCGGCUUGACCAGCACCAACGGGAGCUCCAUGUCGGGACAGUCGGCGUCAAACGGGGCUUUCACGGUGGGAAACGGGCUGGGGGGUUCGGCCAGCGUGGUGAGCUUCGGCCAGAGCGAGGCAGAUCUGUUGCCCGGGGAGGAGUACGUGCACCUGUUGACGCCAUCCUUACCGUUCGACCCGGACUUCUUCGAGACGUUUGCGACACUGUGUGACGUCCUGAUCGAUGCCUACGUGCGGCUGUUGAGUCUGUUGCCGACGCCCAGGGAGUGCAACGCCUCGGUGGCCGAGCUGUUCACCAAGGCGGACUCGAGGGUGCGCAAGAUCAUCGUGCAGGGCAUCGUCAAGGAGUUCGAGGACACCAGCAGGAACGGGGUCAAGACGGAGGUGGCCAACGUGGGCAAAAUCGUGCUCGGUGGGCUGAUGUGA